UUUGUCGUCGUUCAUUUCCUUGCAGUCAACUUCUGCACCCACUUCAAUUACAAAGUUUUUACCUUGUCUAUUUGUUUAUACGUAAGGAACUAUGGCCGAACUAUCUUUCACGAUCUCCAUAAUCGUGAUGACGGCCUUCUGGGGUCUUGUUGGCAUUGUUAUCCCAUUCUUUAUUCCUAAAGGACCCAACAAAGGUGUGAUUGUAACCAUGCUGGUAAUGACAGCCGUAUGUUGCUACCUGUUUUGGUUGAUAGCCAUUCUGGCCCAGCUGAAUCCACUGGCCGGACCAGCCCUAUCCAAUGAAACCAUCUGGUACCUCCGCUACCACUGGGACUAGAACAUCGAUAACACAAAAAAACUAUAGACUUCUCAACGAUGGACCCAAGUUGAUGCUGUACACCAAUGGAGAACAUGCCUUUCACUCCUCAUUGACCAAUUGGGCUACUUGUUAAUCUGCAUUCAAAUGUGUGCCUUACUGUUUGUGGCAGUGGUGUCUUGGAAAAAAGAUUCCAAAAGGAUUGUGGACAAUUUACAAUAACUUAAAAGAGUAUUUUUCCUUACAAUGGGUUGUCCAUUUUGAUGUUUCUUCAGAGUUGUCUCUGUUUGUGUUGUAUUUGUAAGUGAUGUAUAUAUGCUUAAAAUGAAAUAAUAAAUUAUCAGAUGUAGUGCGA